CUGAGGAUCAAGGACUGGACGCUGGUGCUGGACAGCGUGGUGCCCUCUGACGCGGGCAACUACAGCUGUGUGGUCAGCAACCAGCACGGCUCCAUCCAGCACUCGUACCAGCUCGUCGUCAUCGAGCGUGGCCAGCCCCAGCGGCCGUCGCUGCAGGAUGGCCUCCCGGCGAACGUAACGGCGGCGGAGGGGAGCGACGUGGAGAUCCGCUGCGUCGUCCUGCAGAGCGCUGGCGGCAGCAGUCAGCAGCUGCACCACCACGUGCAGUGGCUCAAGCACGUGGAGGUGAAUGGCAGCCUCGAGGCACCCAAUGGCUCACCCUACGUGCACAUCCUCACGACGGUGGGCGUGGAGGUGACGGACGUCGAGACGGACGUGCUCUACCUGCGCAACGUCAGCACGGACGACUCGGGCCGCUACACCUGCCUGGCGGGCAACGCCGCGGGGUUCACUCACCGCUCCGCAUGGCUCCUCGUCGUGCCGGGCGAGACGCCGGCUGUGGACACCGCCCUGGCUGCUCCCGUGAGAGUGGGCGGCGGUUCUUGCGCCGCCGCCCUCCUGCUGCUGAUCGCCGUCGGAGCCGUCACCGGCCUCACGCGGAGGAGGAGAGGGUCGACCAGCGGAGAGGGGGAGAUGCAGCGGCGUGGAGCUGUCGGGGGUGACGGGCCGUGCGACCGCUGGGAGUUCCCUCGGAAACGGCUGACUCUGGGUGAGCAGCUGGGUGAGGGUUGUUUUGGCCGCGUGCUGCUGGCCGAGGCGCUGGGCAUGGAGCCGUCACGGCCUCACCGCAGCGUCCGCGUCGCCGUCAAGAUGCUGAAGGCGCACGCCACGGAAGCGGAGACCCACGACCUCCACGCGGAGCUGGAGACCCUCAAGAAGAUCGGACGGCACAGCCACCUGGUGAACCUGCUGGGCGCAUGCACACGGGGCGGCCCCCUGCUCAUGAUCGUUGAGUUUGCGGCCAAGGGGAAUCUGCGCGACUUCCUGCGUGCACACCGCACGCCCGGCGCAGAGUGCACGGUGCGUGGCGGCUACGGAGCCGGCGGUGGUGGCGGUGAUGGCGGUGGCGGCGGCGGUGGUGGCGGUGGUGGCGGCGACGAGGUGAAGGGCGAAACGCUCUCCAUGCUGCAGCUGGUGGCCUUCGCCUGCCAGGUGGCACGCGGCAUGGAGUACCUCACCUCUAAGAAGUGCGUUCACCGGGACCUGGCGGCCAGGAACGUCCUCGUCGUUGACGGCGGAGGCGGUAGCGGCUAUUCGGUGAAAAUCGCCGAUCUGGGCCUCACCCGCGACGUGGGCGGCGAACGUGACUACUACUACCAGCACAAGACUGCUGCCGGACGCCUGCCGGUGAAGUGGAUGGCACCGGAGGCAUUGCUGCACCGCGUCUACACACAGCGGAGCGACGUGUGGUCCUACGGGGUGCUGCUGUGGGAGAUCUUCACCCUGGGGGGCUCUCCGUACCCGGGCGUCCCCGUGGAAAAGCUUUUCAAGCUGCUCGGUGACGGCUACCGCAUGGAGCGGCCUGCCCUAUGCUCCGACGAGCUACACGCGACGAUGAGCGAGUGCUGGGCGACCGUCCCCAGCGACAGACCGACGUUCGCGCGGCUGGCGGACGACUUGGGGCGGAUCCUCGUGGCCAACGGCGGCCGCUGUGACGAGGUCGACUCAGCCUCAAUCGAGUACCUGGUGUGGUAUGCGUAG